AUGGCUGACGGAAGUAACCAAAUGGGUCCAACACAAGCAGCGGUUCACGAAAUAUUGCGUCAGCUGAUCCAGCAGAAUAAUACGCGGGAUCAGCAAGUCAUGAACAUCUUGGAGAAUAUAGCGAGUCAGCGAGCUCAACCAGUACUAGCGACGGGUACCAUACCGAAUUUAAACGCAACAAUCGGAACAUUUGAUGGGGAAUCUGACGAUGCAGGCCACGCACAAGGAUGGAUUUCAUCACUAGAAACUACUGCGUUACUUAAUCAAUGGCCCGACUUGUAUAAGUUAGAAGCAGCGCGUUCACAUUUGACUGGUGCUGCCAGAAAUUGGUACCUAGCUAGACAAUCUGAAAUUGAAACAUGGGCAAAAUUCAAGGAACAAUUUGAACAAAUGUUUACGACAGCGAUUAGUGUGUCGGAACAGUGGAAACGACUACAAGCUAGAACACAGCAACGAAACGAAACCGUUUAUGCGUAUUUCCACGACAAAAUGCCUAUGUGUCGACAGCUGAAAUUGAGCAAGUCGGAGAGCAAGAAACUGAUGUGUAUGGGAUUACACUCUAAGGAUAUGUGCAACGUCCUUAUGAGUAGAACUCACAAUGAAGAAUAUGAGGUAUUGCAAGACCUACGAGAGUGUGACGAAGUGUUUCAAAGCCGAAACGAACGUUUCAAAUCGACAUCAAAUAGUAAGUCCACACUUAGUAAAGAGGAAAAUUUUAAAAUAAAACUAACCCCAUGA